AUGACAAUAAAGCCAUUUGGAAAAAACGCAGGCAGUGGAAACUCAAUGGUAUGCAGAUAUUGUGAUGGACACCACUGGAGUGAUGAGUGCAGAAAGUUCAGUACAAUUGAAGACAGAAAGCAGAAAAUCAAGGGUAGUUGCUAUACCUGCCUGAAGCCAGGACAUGUUAGUAGAGACUGUAAAUUUGAAAAAGCAUGCUAUCAUUGCAAACAGAAAAGGGGACACCAUAGAAGUCUAUGCCCGAAGAAAAUUCCCUCUCAACAUAAAGAAGUUUCACAUCUAGCUGAUGAAAUGUGUGAAAUAGCUUCAAGUGAAGAGAACGUACCAGAGAAUAGCUUGUUGUCCUCCGGGGAUAUAGUUUUGAUGCAGACAGCUCAAACAACUGUGUCAAAUACAGAAGUUAAUGAAACAGAAAUAGUAAGACUAUUAAUGGACUCCGGAUCUCAGCGAACAUAUAUAACAGAAAAUUCGGCCAAGAGAUUAAACUUGAAGAAGAAGGCUACAGAGGAGAUAUCUCUUGUAACAUUUGGUGCAGAUAAGCCAAAAACAUUAAGAACACAAAAGGUGUCAUUAAAGAUCAGACUAAACGAUGGAGUUUGUAUGCUUAUUGAUGCUAAUGUUGUUCCUAAGAUAACAGGAUCAAUACUAAGAAGACCUCUACAAAUGGAUGUAUGUGAAAAUGUGAAAUACUUAUGUAACAAUCUGCAACUUGCUGACACACUGCCUAGUAGCUUAGAAAGUUCAACAAUAGAGAUUCUUAUCGGAAAUGAUUAUUAUUUAGAUAUCAUAUUGCCACAGAAAAUAGAUUUUCAACAAGGGCUUUAUCUACUUGGUUCUAAGCUAGGAUGGAUUCUUACAGGAAGGUCACAAUUAAGUGAUGAAGAAAGUGAGAACAAAAUGUCCAUGACAGUAAAUGGCUUAUUAACUUUAACAGAAUGCUGUCUUCACUCUACAAUUGACACGUGUCUUCAAAUCAAGCCUUCCAUUGAAGAUUUCUGGAAAUUGGAAACUAUUGGAAUACAAGAUUGUCCAUAUGCAUCAGACGACGAAAAUACUUUGAGUAACUUUGUCACCUCACUCAAAAUGGAAAAUGGAAGAUAUCAAGUAGCCUGGCCAUGGAAAGAAAAAUUACCGGAACUUCCUGAAAAUAGGGAACUUGCAUACGGAAGACUAAAGUCACUUUUUCAGAAAAUGAAGAACAAUCCUGACAUAUUAAACAAGUAUGAUGAGAUUAUUCAAGAUCAGUGCAAAAAGGGCAUCAUAGAAAAAGUGUCUAACCAAUGUAGUAAGGAUACCGGAAUCAAACAUUACAUACCACAUCAUGCUGUAGUUGACCCAACCAAACCUACAACUAAAGUAAGGAUAGUUUAUGAUGCGUCUGCCAAAUCAAAACAAGAGAAUAAAAGUUUGAAUGAUUGCCUGCACAGAGGACCAGUAAUGUUACAAGAUUUAUGUGGACUCUUGUUGCGUUUUCGAAUGAACAAAAUUGCAGUAGUUGCUGAUAUUGAAAAGGCAUUUCUCCAAAUUGAACUACAAAAAAAUGACAGAGAUGCAACCAGAUUUUUUUGGCUAAGAAACAUUAAUCAUCCAACUGUAGAAAACAAUGUACAAGUUUACAGAUUUUGCAGGGUGCCAUUUGGAGUUAUAUCAAGUCCUUUCCUACUUGCAGCAACUUUGGACUAUCACCUUGACACAUACAAAAAUGCAACAGCAGCAAAUAUUAGAGAAAACAUUUAUGUGGAUAAUGUAAUUACUGGAGUGAAUUCGACAGAGAAUGCAGUUACAUUACAUAAAGAAUAA